CUGGUUACCUGCUCUGUCAUUGGAUCUUACAGAAUUUACCUACAUGUGUAAUUUUUGUCUUUUUCCCCACUAGUUGCAAAGCUGGGAUAGCUGAAGAUGUCGGAGAAUGCUCUGGAAGUAGAAGACAAGCCCCCAGCUCCACCCCUGCGGAUCACAAGCACAUUCAUUGGUGGAGGUGCCAAGGUUCCAAACCAUGGUUCCAAACCCCUGCCCCCCAACCCUGGGGAUAAAAAGAAUAUUUUUCGCUCCAUCUUCCCUGGGACUGGAGGUAAAAGUAGGGCUUGUCUUUUUGCAUCAGUGUUUGUCUACAUUACUUGCAUUAGGUUUUUUUUUUUUACUCAAAUUUGCACUACUUGUAAAUCCAAGAUCACUUUUUUGGAUUUUUAAUAUUCUGUUUACUGAUCUCUAUACGUAAAACUUAUGUAAGGUCUGUGAGGUCCAAUCAAAUGCCGCACUUGAAGAAACCUUUGAUUUAGGGAUCGACCGAUAUUGAUUUUUUAGAGCCGAUACCGAUACCGAUAUUCUGUGAACUUUCAGGCCGAUAGCCGAUAUAAUUUGCCGAUAUUCUGUACAUUUACCAUUUUGGAAAAUAAAAACUAUUUCUAAAGGUAAAUGCACAAAAUAUACAUGCCACGUGUAGUGGAUGCAGUGUGACAGGGGAGCUGUGUGUGUUUGUGUAGUGUGUGUGUAGUGGAUGUAGUGUGUGUGUUGUGGAUGCAGUGUGUGUUUGUGUAGUGUGUGUGGAGGAUGCAAUGUGUGUUUGUGUAGUGGAUGCAGUGUGUAUUUGUCUAGUGUGUGUAGUGGAUGCAGUGUGUAUUAGUGUAAUGUGUAUGUAAUGAAAGCAGAGUGUUUGUGUAGUGUGUGGGUAGUGUGCGUAAAGUGAAUGCUGUAUAUACUAAAUGCAAAGUGUGUGUGUGUAUAUAAUGAAUGCAGAGUGUGUGUGUAUUUGUGUAGUGUCUGUAUAGUGAAUGUAGUGUGUUUAUAUAAUGCAGAGUGUGAGUUUGUAUAGUGUGUGUAUAUAAUGCAGUGUGUUUGUGUAGUGUGCAUUAUAUAAACACACUACACAAACACACUGCAUUAUAUACACACACUAUGCAAACACACUGUGUGUGUGUGUUUUUGUAUAGUGUGUGUAUAUAAUGCAGUGUGUGUGUGUGUUUGUAUAGUGUGUGUAUAUAAUGCAGUGUAUUUGUGUGCAUUGUAUACAAACACACACACACACUAUACAAACACACACACUGCAUUAUAUACACUGUGUGUUUGUAUAGUGUGUGUAUAUAAUGCAGUGUGUGUGUUUGUAUAAUGUGUUUAUAAUGCAGUGUAUUUGUGUGCAUUGUAUACAAACACACACACACACACACACACACACUUUACAAACACACACACUGCAUUAUAUACACAGUGUGUUUGUGUAGUGUAUGUGUAUAUAAUGGAGUGUGUGAGGGGGCAUUUUUUAUUAAAUUAUUAUUUUUAUAUUUAAUUAAUUAUUUUUUUUUUGUUGUUGUCCCCCCUCCCUGCUUGUUGCCUGGCCAGGGAGGGGGAUAUGACAGUCCCUGGUGGUCCAGUGGUAUUGGCUGAGCUGGGGGGGGCAGAGAGCAAGCGAUUACUCACCUCCCAGCAGCUCCUCCAGCUCCCCAGUGCAACUCUCGCGGCCAGCGUGUCGCGCGGAGCGUUGCCAUGGUGAUCCAUGGCAACGCUCUGACGGCCACGGGUCUCACGAGAGUUACACUGGGGAGCUGGAGGAGCUGCUGGGAGGUGAGUAAUCGCUUGCUCUCUGCCUCCCCCCCUCCAGGACCGCCGGGCUUGUAAUGAGCCUGGCGGUCCUAGGAGGUAUUAUCGGCAAUAUCGGUAUCUGAAUUAGCCGAUACCGAUAUUGCCGAGAAUACCGAAUAUCGUCCGAUUAUAUCGGUAAAACUGAUAAUCGGUCGAUCCCUACUUUGAUUGACAAUUGACGAUUUUAUUUAGGCAUGAUUGACAAUAGGUUGCCCGGGAACAGUCCUGGGCUGCCUAAGGCGCAUGUGCUGGGGUUGUAACUAGCCCCUGGUAUAAAAAUGGAAAUAUCUCUGCACAUACAUAUUCCUACCACCUUGACCACUCCCAAAAGUCAAUGGGACCUGAUGGAAUACACCCAAAGCUGUUAAAAGAGCUUAGUGGUGUACUAGCAAAACCAUUAACAGAUUUAUUUAACCAAUCAUUGUUAACAGGAGUAGUCCCAGAAGAUUGGAAGUUAGCGAAUGUUGUGCCCAUUCACAUAAAGGUAAUAGGGAGGAGUCGGGCAACUAUGCAGUAGACAUUGCUUACCUAGAUUUCAGUAAGGCUUUUGACACUGUUGCACAUAGAAGGCUUAUCAAUAAACUGCAAUCUUUAAGUUUGGAUUCCAAUAUUGUUGAAUGGGUAAGGCAGUGGCUGAGUGACAGGCAACAGAGGGUUGUAGUCAAUGGAGUAUAUUCGAAGCUUGGACUUGUCACCAGUGGGGUACCUCAGGGAUCUGUACCCAUUCUCUUUAAUAUUUUUUUAUUAGUGAUAUUGCAGAAGGUCUUGAUGGUACGGUAUGUCUUUUUUCUGAUGAUACUAAGAUAUGUAACAGGGUUGAUGUUCCUGGAGGGAUAAGCCAAAUGGCAAAUGAUUUAGGUAAACUAAAAAAAUGGUCAAUGUUGUGGCAACUGACAUUUAAUGUGGAUAAGUGCAAGAUAAUGCUUCUUGGACGUAAAAACCCAAGGGCAGAGUACGGAAUAUUUGAUAGAGUCCUAACCUCAACAUAUGAGGAGAGGGAUUUAGGGGUGAUUAUUUCUGAUGACUUAAAGGUAGGCAAACAAUGUGAUAGAGCAGCAGGAAAUGCUAGCAGAAUGCUUGGUUGUAUAGGGAGAAGUAUUAGCAGUAGAAAGAGGGAAGUGCUCAUGCCAUUGUACAGAACACUGGUGAGACCUCACUUGGAGUAUUGUAUGCAGUAAUGGAGACCGUAUCUUCAGAAGGAUAUUGAUACCUUAGAGAGAGUUCAGAGAAGGGCUACUAAACUGGUUCAUGGAUUGCAUGAUAAAACUUACCAGGAAAGGUUAAAGGAACUUAACAUGUAUAGCUUGGAGAAAAGACGAGACAGGGGGGAUAUGACAGAAACAUUUAAAUACAUAAAGGGAAUCGACACAGUAAAGGAGGAGACUGUAUUUAAAAGAAGAAAAACUACCACAACAAGAGGACGUUGUCUUAAAUUAGAGGGACAAAGGUUUUAAAAAUGGAUGCAGCUGAAGUGGUAGAGGUUAACACAGUAAAGGAGUUUAAGCAUGCAUGGGAUAGGCAUAAGGCUAUCCUAAUUAUAAGAUAAGGCCAGGGACUAAUGAAAGUAUUUAGAAAAUUGGGGAGACUAGAUGGGCCAAAUGGUUUUUAUCUGCCGUCACAUUCUAUGUUUCUAUGUAAAAGCGGACGUGAUCAUGGUGGUUAGAGGAACCCUUUAAUAUUUAUCUCUAAAAUAAUUGGUUUACAAUAGAAAAUUACAAAAUCCACUAAUUCUCUAUGGAAAAGGUAGUCUCGGGUAGGUGGGGGAAAUUGAUUACAAAUACCUGCACUGACAUCUGAUAUUUUCACAAUAUUACGUUAAUGUGGCUGCAUGUGAGUAAGGUACAGCGAUGUACGACUUCUCCAUUCGAAUAAAGCUUGCCAGAUAUGGAAAUUUUCAUUUCCUAUAAAUCUCUACCAACCAGUGGGUGAAGGGCCACAGAUGGUUCCUUGUACUAAUUAUUAAAAGCACUGAAAAUAUUACAAUGGCGUUUCCCUAAAGUGUGAAAUAUCAGGAUUUCAAUGUGGAUUUCAAAUUGUAGGCCAAAAUAGCUUUGCUUUAAUUUUGUUUUUAAAUCCUGAUAGUUCAUACUUUAGUCAAUUACCCUGUAGAUAUGUAAUGUUUGUGCGUGCAUUUAUAUAUAUAUAUAUAUAUAUAUAUAUAUAUGUAUAUACAUACAUAUAUAUUUACAUACCACUUAGUUGUGGUGUGGAAAAAAGUGUGGAUGAAAACCCCUUCCACCUGAAGUGAGAGGAUGGUUAAUACAUUGCAAAACACAAAUACACACACCAGUCAAACCACAAGACUUGCUUUUCCCACAGAAAUCUCACUUUAACAGUGCACUCGCUACUGCAAGGGAUUCUGGGUAGUUGCUUGUUGAGCUCAUUUGCAUACGCCUACCCAGAAUCCCUUGCAACAAAGAGAGCACUGUUAAAGUGAGAUUUCUGUGGGAAAGCAAGCAAGUCUUAUAGAUUGACUGGUGUGUGUAUUUGUGUUUAGCAAUAUAUUAAAUAUAUAAAUUUACUUAUUUUUUAAUUUAUUGUUAUUUUUUUUUUUUUUUAAAUCUGUCUCUGAACCUGUUCCAAGCAUGCUCCUGUAUUUUACUUUCUGAUUGGCUGCUCAUUUUCCAGUCUUUGUAACUUGUUUUACAACGGUUUGUGUAUUUCGGGAAAUAGGAGGCUGUUCGUUAUGUCCCUUUCCUGCAUGAUUGGUUUAGUGGUAUGUUGGAAGAAAUGAAUUGUUCAGUAAUCAGAUAAGUGCAACAAAAACAUCUUUAACCCCUUAAGGACACAGCUUCAGUUUGUGACACAAGACAUUAUUGUGCUGUGUGUGUUCAACUGUAAUCCCCAUCGUUCUCGUGUGUUUCACCAGCACAUGUUCUAUACUGAUUUCUACAGAAUAAAAAGGGUUUCAUUUGAUGUGGCAUAUUCAUAUAUAAAUGGUCAUGUAUAAAACCUAUAUCUAAACACUUUUUUUGUCACACUUUAUUUAGUACCAAAAAUAUGUGGAUAAUUAGUGCAGCGAAAGAAAAGUAAUUCAAAAUAAAUUAAUUCUAUCUUUACUGAGAGGGUAGGGGAUGCAUGGAAUAGCCUUCCAGCUUUAGUGGUAGAGGUUAACACAGUAAAGGAGUAUAAGCAUGCGUGGGAUAGGCAUAAGGCCAGGGUCUAAUUAUUAUUUUUUUUUUUUUAUUCUUUAUUUUUCAGUGCAAAACAUAGUCGUUACAACAUUUGUUAAGAGGAGGCCAGAUCGUAGCACAUUCUUGCACUAUUUUAUUUUUCUAACAUGUUUGUGUAGGCCUUGAUCGCUAUCGUGUCAUCCCUCUAUUCUGAGGUGGUUGAGUGUGGUAUGUGCUAGCUGAUCUAUGGGUGAGAGUCGGUGUGCUGUGGUUGCUCGUUGAGGGUCCUAUGGCUUGUUCAUUCAGCCUGUGGGCUGAUAGUGUAGCGUGGUAUGUAGCCUCUUCAGUACAAGGCAUACAGGCUGUGUUGUUUGGGUCCCGGGGGGGUGUUGGGUGUGUGAGAUAUGCCUUGUUACGUUUGUAGUGGCUCCUGACCAUGGGAGCUGCGGGGGGGUGGUGGAUGCGUGAGUUGUUUGGCGGUUGCCUCGUGUGUGAGUGUGGAGGGAUGCUGUUGCUCCCCGUUAUGGGGGGUAGAGCAUUGGUUGUGUCCCCAACCUUAGGUGUGAUUACCUGUGUGACUGUGGAUGUGGUCUCUAAACAGUUGCUUGGUCCCUGGUAUAGGGUAUGGGGGAGGGGGGGAGAAACUGGGAGAACAUUGGGGUAUAUAUAUAAUGUCCUGAGCAGAUAGUCCCGUGGUGAGCGUAUAGACCGACUGGUAUGGCUGGCUGGACUUUAGUCGGUCUGUUGUCUUAGGUUGGGUCCUCGCUGGUGCUUGUUCCUGGAUCUGCCGUCCUCUCUUUCCCCCUUCUUGGGAUGAAGGUUGUUGCCUGCGUCGGGUCCCAGCUUGACGUUGAGGUGGAGGCACUCUGUCGUGCAGUGUCCGGCAGCUGUGCCAGUCCCAGGGCCGUCAGGAAUGGUGCAGUGUCUUCCAUAGAGGUGAGUGUGUGUACGCCAUCGUUCCUGGAUACCAUCAGGGAUCCGUUUGCUCCCCAUCUAUAGCUUAUUUUAGCUGAUUGAAGCUGGCUGGUUACCGGUUGGAACGUUUUUCGCCACAGGAGGGUGGUUUUACUGAGAUCUUGGUAAAACGUCAGAGACGCUUCCUCGAAUUGCAAGGGAGUUUUGCCCGUGGGGGACAGGAGGGUGGUUAGCAACCGUCUGGCAUAAUGGGGGAGCUCGUCCGCCGCCACUGCGGUUGGGACGCCCCUUAUCUUCACAUUAGUACGGCGGUGGCGAUCCUCCAUUGCUGUGAUGUGUGAGGUGACAGCUCUUUGGUGAGCCCAUAGUUGUUGGACCGAGGUCUGGAGGUCUUGUACCUCUGUCUGGACGUCUGCUAUGUCCCUCUCCGAGGCCUGUACUCGGUCUGUGAUGGCCUUCAUGUUAGUUUUAAUAGGAGCUAAUUCAGCUGCAAGUAUUUUAUGAAAGUCCAUCAAUAGUACUUUCAGGUCUUGUCUGGUCGUUGGUGUGGUGUCAGUGGGAGCAUCUGAUGGCUGCAGGUAAGUGUCCGCCGGCCUCUCUGCCCUUGCUUGCUCAAUUGGGUUUGAAUGGGCUUCAGGCCUUGUACCAGUGACCUGCCGUGCGGGCUCUGCGGGUGUGGGUUGGGGUUGCAUGGGCCUCUGGAACAUCGUUCCGAUGUCUCUGUGCUCCACAGCCGCCGUCUUUUGCGAGCGGCGACCCAUCGCUGGCGUGUGGGGUGAGGCCUCUUGUGGUGCUUGGAGAGGGCUCCCGACGUUCGCCUGUUGCCGGAGGACUGCUUCCAGGCUUGGCAGGGACAACGUGGGGUAGGCCCCGGUUUUCCGUUUUCGUCCGGGCUGGGCCUUUGGUUGAAAAAAAGGCAUCUAUCGCCUUGGGUGGUAUUGGGGGACGUGACUGUCGGGUUUUGGGGUCCGUCUGGGCUUUAAUUUUGGGGUUUUUGGGGGAUUUUGCGCUGUAAUUUGGAGGAGCUUGCAUGCGUGGCGUCUGUUCAGGCUGGUGGUUGAGCUCCGCCUCUAAUUAUUAUUUUAUUAUUAUUAUUAUUAUUAUUAUUAUUAUAAAAGUAUUUAGAAAAUUGGGCAGACUAGAUGGGCCGAAUGGUUCUUAUCUGCCGUCACAUUCUAUGAUUCUAUCUAUCUGGCGUGAUUUACAACGUACAUCAUGAGUCUAGAAUUUUUGUUAGUUUGUUAAUUACAGCUGCACAAAAGGCAAGGAGUUAAUUUUACAAUAUGUUAUAUUUGUCUUGUAACUUAGUAGCCAUCACAGAAACAAAAUUGCCACACAGAACUAAAUAUUUGCAUAAAAUAGAUAUCACAUGCUAUUUACUUAAGAGUAUUCUGACACUUUUUAUAUAGCCAUUUAACUGCCAAUCUUGGUAAAAAAAAGUGUGUUUUCCUGUUUUGUUUUGUUUUGUUUUUUGCAUACACACAUAUAACAAUGUUGUAAUGUGUAUAUUGUAAACCUGAUGUUUGCUACUCCUGUACAAAGCCCCAAAUUAUGUUCAGCUCCGUCUUCUGAUUACAACAGAGACCUUUGCCACAAUCCCAUGACACUACAAUGCCAUAUAAGAGACCUGGCUUUUUAAAUUAGCACUAUAGUCACCAAAAUAACUUUAGCUUAAUGAAGCAUUUUUGGUGUAUAGAUCAUGCCCCUUCAGUCUCACUGCUUAAUUUGUUUACAUUUAGGAGUUAAAUCACUUUGUUUAUGCAGCCCCUGUCACACCUCCCUGCAUGUGACUUGCACAGUCUUCCUAAACACUUCCUGUAAAGUGAGAUCUAAAGUUUACACUUCCUUUACUGCAAAUUCUUUUUUUUUUUUUCUUCGUUUAUUUAUUUUUAUAGAAUCUUAUCUCCUGCAUUGUUAAUUUCCUGCUAGACCCUGCAGGUGCCUCCUGUGUGUGAUUACAGUUCAGUUUACAGAGCAGGAGAGAACACCUUUUAAAGUAAGUUAACAUCUUAUUGAAAAGUAAAGCUUUUUUUUCAUGCAGGCUGUGAGAGUCACAGCCAGGGAAGGUAUGGCUAGGGCUACAUAAACAGAGACAAACGUAAUUUAACUCCUUAUUGGCCGAGAAUUGACAAGUUCGACUUCAGAGGCAUGAUCGAUACAUUAACACCGCUUCAUUAAGCUAAAGUUUUUGGGGGGCAUUGUAGCCCCCAAAUAGUUACAUAGUUCAAUUUACUCCAUAAAUGCAUUCCAUUUGUAAAAGUAGAUACCAUGGGGUAUGUCGUAUGGUAUAUUUUGUAUGUUAAAGGGACACUAUAGUCAGCUUAAUGUAGUUGUUCUGGUGAGAAUAGUCAGUCCCUAUAGGCUUUUUGCUGUAAACACUGUGUUUUCAGAUAAAAUGCAGUGUUUACAUUACAGCCUAGGAACAACUCUAGUGGCUACUCAUCUGACUGCCGUUCAGCGUCUCUGAAUGCUACCCAUAGAGAUGCAUUGAUUCAAAGAGUUGCGUUUGGCCCCGUCCCCUGCCUCCUUGGCUGAGCUCAUCAGAAUUGAUUAUCUCCGCCAAACCAUUGCUUUCCUAUGGCAAAGCAUUGUGAUUGACUGAGAUCAUCAAUUCUGAUGAGGUCAGACAAGGAGGCGGAUCGGGGGCUGCGCCAAUGCCGGUGGACCUUCAUGGCGCUGGAAAAAAGGUGAGUUUUUUUUUUACUUUUUUUAAGGGGGAGGGGUAGGGGGCUAACAUGUGUUUUAUCACUAUAUGGUCAGGAAUACAAAGUGUUCCUUUAAUACACAGCCAUAUUUUCACCAAUUAUUUUCAGAGUGUAUGAAAUUAUAUUUAGUGAAGUAGAUUUGUGCCACUGUAAUAAUUCACAAAUUUGUGCUCAGAUAUAUCACCUGAGUAUAGCCUGACACAGGCAUUCCCUAGGACAGGCAUAGGCAACCUUCGGCACUCCAGAUGUUUUGGACUACACCUCCCAUGAUGCUUUGCCAGCAUUAUGGGUGAAAGAGUAUUAUGGGGGAUGUAGUCCACAACAUCUGGAGUGCCGAAGGUUGCCUAUCCCUGCCCUAGGAUAUCCCUAGGAUAGCCAAUACAUUGUUAAACACAAAUCUGUACACCAGUCAAGCCAUAAGACUUGCUUUUCUCACAGAAAUCUAAACUUUGCAGUGAUGUUACUACUGAAAUGAAUUCUGGGUGGGCAUAUGCAAUUGAGUUCAACAUAGAAUCACAUUUUUGCAUCAGUAUUCCAUUUUAAACAUGGAUUCCUUGGAGUUUAUGUUUGCUGUAUACAACAGCUUUGAGACACAACUCAGAAAGAGGUGCAAAGCCAGUGAACCACAUGUUAAACUAAUUUGCAUAUGCCCACCCAGAAUCCCUUGCAGUAGUAACAUCACUGCAAAGUUGAGAUUUCUGUGGGAAAAGCAAGUCUAAUGGCUUGACUGGUGUACAGAUUUGUGUUUAGCAAUGUAUUGACUAUCCACUGACACAGGUGGAAAAGGUUUUCAAUCACAAUUUUUUAUCCCACCAUAACUUUGUUGGUGUCUACUCCACAAUAUCCCUAGAAAGACAAAGCUGACUCUUACUGAUGAAGCUCAAGGUGGGGGUGGAAGAGUCCCUUAUCCAGGGAGAUUUUCCCAGGAUUAUGGUUACAGAACCAAUCCCUGGUAGUCAGGAUUAGUCUGAAAAGAAGGCAGACUUCUCCGUAAAGGCACAAUUGGAGCCCGUACAACCUUGAUGGAACAAAUACCUUGCACGAGAGGUUAAUACUUCAGUAAAUGUUUGAAAUGGGGGUCAGCUUGAACAUUUCUGUGUGAAGCCUAGAAAUCGCACAUUGUCAGCAUUUCCUGCACAGGAUAAUUUAAUAUUCUUCUUCUUGCAUUUAAUGUGUUAUGCCAUGACAGUUCUGCUAGGUCGGUUUAAGGUGGAAAUCUCCUGUCAACGUGCUCACAGACCCUGAACAGUUUGAAUACAUUGUGUCGAUUUAAUUAGCUUUGAGUUUUUGCAAGAUUUUUUCCCCAUUUACUUUUGGAAUACAAUCAUUUUUUGUUUUGAAUUGUUUUAUGUUUUUUGUUUUACGUACAUCUCAUUCUUCUGCAAAAAAUCUUUACCAACUUCAGUUGUUUUUUUGUUGUUAUUCAGGCACUAAAACAACAUGGAAACCGGAAAUCUCUCUCCCCUCGGAUUUUGAGCACACGAUUCACGUUGGCUUUGAUGCUGUGACAGGAGAAUUUACAGUAAGACGUUGAUCAUUUCUCUUGACUUCCUAAUAAUUAAUUGUGUCUUGAAGAGAGAUAAAAUAGUGGGAUAGAAUAUCUAAUGUGACAAAACAAAAGCCAAAUAUAGAGAGAGCGUCCCACUAAAUAAAGGUUCUCGUCACUAAAGCCAUAAAAAGGUGAAAUGAUGACAGACUUGGGUUCACCAAACAUCAAAUUGAAUCAAUCUGCUGAGUGGUUAAAUUUAUUCUGUAAUAUCCAAACUGUAACUGUAGCAGAAUAUUUUUCUAAAACUGUCAUUGUUGCCUUCAUUUUGUAAUUCAUCCUUUUUUUUUUUUUUAUAAAUAGAACCCAUUACCUGAGCUUAGAACCCACUGACUUUAUUCUGGCUAUAAAGGAGUUUAACAGGAUUGACCAGGCUAAACGCAUUCUGUGAAAUCUGUUAGUGCUGUCUACAGAAUCACUACUAUUAGUCUCUUUUUAUGUAUUUAUUUUAACUCGUGAAAUGCACCUUAUAUGGUAAGCUGUGAGAUUGCUGGUCUGUUUGUCUCUUUAAAUCUUAUCUCUAUUAAUAUAAAACUGCAGGGCAUGAUCUAUACACUAAAAUGGCUUAAUUUAGCUGAAGUUGUUUUGGUGCUUAUCUCCUAUCUCUUUAAUAUACAGAUGUUUUCAAGCUACAGUGUUAAGUAUGCAAUUCUUUAUUUCUACCCUGAACAGAUGCAAACUUUAAUGGGGAACUAACUUAAAUGACUGUACCCCCUUAGUGUGAAUGAUAUUGCACCAAGCCACUCUUGAUGACUUCACUGAAAUUAUAUUUUUAGCAAGUAACCAGUAUCCCUCCUCUAAGCAGUAGAAAUGGCUAACAUUGCAGCUCUAAGUCUGCCCUCAGUGGCUGUUUACCAGUCAGCCACUGGGGGUGCUUCCUGAAUUGAAACGGACCUUUGGUCCGGUAUCUGGCGUUGGAGGUCCUCACGCUCUGCAUGAGGACACCCAGCGUCAGAAUUUUCCCCAUAGAAAAGCAUUGAUUCAAUCAUCGCGGAACGGAGGAGGGGGCAGAGCGUCGGCCCAGUGCCAAGGGACAUCGACGCUGGGAAAAGGUAAGUAAAUAAAUAAAUUAACCCUUUAUUUACCCUGGGGGAGGGGAAAGGGGAGGCGGGAGGCAGGAAGGCAAUAGUGCCAGGAAUACAGCUUUGUAUUCCUGGCACUAUAGUAUCCCUUUAAUAAACCCCUGCAUUUGAUUGGCAGCUUAGUUUAAAAUCUCCUUGCUGAUUACUGCUUCUUGGUUGUUUGAGUUUGAAGACUAUAAGGAUGCCUGCGAGGCAGGUUUCCAGUCUUGACAAAGUUUAGCACGCUGUGUUUAUUCACAAACUGGUAUUAAGACACAUUAAACUCUGUGUGACUGAUUUCAAGGCUCUCACAGGCAGCUGUGAAAGAACCCUGUUCAAAGAUCUGUGUCUUGUAACAUAGUUAUGGCAUUAGGGGGCGAGGCAUCUCAAGGUGCCAGGUUUGCUAUCCAACUUAUAUCAUACAUAGAAUGCUCAGGAUUGUCAGGAAUUCAAAGUGAAUUUGAUAUUUAAGGCCAAAAUAGCCAAAUUGGAAGCAAAGCUGACUUGGAGAUUUUUUCCAGCAUGGCUAUCUUGGCCUUAAAAUUUAAAUUCACUUGGAAUUCACGACAGUUCUCACUGCCAGUCCCUUUUCAGGAAAAGGGCAGGAGCUAUCAGAUUCUAAAUGAAGCAGGCAGCUUUUUAACAAAAAUAAUCAUUUUACAUAUAUUAAGGUGAUUUUAGGAAUCACUGUUUCUUUAAAUUUUGCAGCUAUGCAUCUUUCAAAAUCCCACCUGCUUCACAGCAGUCCUAAAAACAAAGUGUGAGUAGGGGGGAGAGUGGGGGAAAUGUAGAAGCACCUAUUUCGUUUUUUAGAUUUUUUUUAUUUUUUUUAAUUAUAAACAUUUUAAACCGGUUUUCAUUAUUCCAAGAGUUACUGUCCCUAAAAAGGCUGGCUCUGUUAUUUGAUCAUUAUUAAUUUUACAAACAUUUUUCUCAUCCCAUGUCGUAUUUCUCAUCCCAUGUUGCUGCCUACUGACUGUUCUUGUGUCUGUCUAGGGCAUGCCAAAACAAUGGGCCCUGCUUCUACAGACCUCAAAUAUCACCAAAUCGGAGCAGAAGAAGAACCCGCAGGCUGUGCUGGACGUGCUGGAAUUUUACAACGCGAAAAAAACCUUGAACAGCCAAAAAUACAUGAGCUUCACAGGUAAACGUUCCAAAACUAGGAAACGUCCAGUCCACAUUCUCACCUACCUACCAUGUUACCCACCUUCUCUCCUCUUUAAUCUUGCACUCAUUCACUCUCCUUUCAUUACCACUUUCUUCAUUCCUUCAGUCCAGAUUGCUCCCCAUUUCAGAGAUUUCACAGAUUUUUCACCUGUCCACCAACUUAGUAGAAAUCGUAUGAAGAUUACAGGAAGACAGAUUUUUUUUUUUUACAGGAAGAAUUUGUUAUUUUAUGGUUUUCCUGACCCCUACGAUUAAGUCUCCCCUUUGGUUUAAGAGAUAUUCGGAGGGGAAUCCCUUCUGUAAUUCAUUACGUGAUCAUUUUGGGGUUUUUUUGGAGUGAAACUCGCCCACCCUCUGUCAGCAGUUUCCAAGCCCUGACAUUCCUGAUAAGCCGCCUGCCUUUUGUGAAGUGGGAAUUGCACAAGCAAAGCAAUAGAUGCUAAUUGUUUCCGAUAUGAGUCAUGAGCAUGCUCCCUCGCCUCACUCAGGAUGUGAUGCUGAGUUCUCUUGCUAGCUUCAGGCAUGACCAUAUUGUUAGCGUUGGCUGACUUUCCAAAAAUGUCUCCUCUACUGUGAUUGCUCAGUGGGGCUUAGCUGUGCGACGGCCGCCAGGCUCGAACACAAUCCUUGCUCUCUGCCUGCAUCUAGAAACCUCCUUUACUGGGUCCACCAACCAAUCACAGGUAGGACAGGUGUGAGCCCCCGAGGCUAGCUUUUCUCUGUAGUUAUUAAAGGACUCAUCACCACUGACAUGCGUGAUGCAUGAUCAUUUAGAACAAUAUUUCCUGUUUUAGAAGCAGAGUUCAGUUUUUCUUUUAUUCUGCAGUGGAUAGUAAAUGGUUGACUUAAAGGGAUACUCCUUAUGGGGCUAAUGCUUUAAACAAAUGCAACAUUGUAUUAAAAAUAUUUUUUUUUUUAAAUAUUUUUUUAAUGAAAAUCUUCAGCUUCUUCUGAGACCAGGAAUUGGCUGCAUACUGUGAGCCAAUCCUGGGCUCUUCAUUAUUGUCAGCAGGGGUUAAGCAUUUCUUAUAAAGUUCUUCUGAGCCAUAAUUUGAUAAGGAGGCAAACAUACUGUAAAUUGUAUUUCCUCCACAGUUUUAGCUUUUGUAGUCAUGUCAUUUCUUUGAAAACAAAUAUCCUUUGUGUGUAUAAUAUUUUAUGUUCAAACCUGUCUAUGCCUCACUUUUAUACAGAGAAUUCAUUGGACGCAUACAAUUCAACAGUGAAUUUGGUAAGUUCUUUUUAACCCACAACCCUUUCUUUUUUUUAUAUAUACAUUUUAUUGUGGUCCAGUCCCCCGAGAUAGACUGCACAUUAAACUAUGUGUGUGUUAUUGUUCCAGUCUGUUAAAAUGUCGUUAAGUUAAUCUAUAUACCUGUAAUUACCCUUACUGAUAUGCACAGUCUGACUACAAAAUAAUAGAGUUACAGCAGGGCAAUGGCUGGACCCAUUUAACUGGCUGGUACAAAUACAAUAUAAUUUCUCAUUAAAUAUUUAUUCUUGGUAUAAGAUAUUUCUCGAUAUUAUUUGGUACAGUACAUGAAGCCUAGGUGAACUCUCUUCAUUUUGACAAGCUUGUUCCCAGUUCCAUGAAAGGCAACGGCUUUGAUGGCAAUUUUUCAGAAGGGGCUGAGCAUUGUUCAAACAUUCACAAAUAAUAUUAACACUCACAACACUGCUUCUUGUGAAGAUGGGGGGCAUUUGUCAACCCCUCCACCCCAACCAUUAUUUAGAGAACUGUGGAGCUUCACAUCUCUCUCCCUUUUUAUUGCAGCCCUCCCACAGCACCGGGGAUGGUGUUGAGGUCAGAGCCAUCAUGAAUCUCAAAUGUAUCACUGGUCACUUGUGUUCAGUCCCAGCUUUCUGAAACUGGUGAAUGUGUUAGAAUGUGUAUCCAUUUGGCACAUUCACUAAUAUUUGUAGUUAAAUGUACAUUUCCUGAGUUCAUUAACUCAGAUAAUUGUCACUUUACAUACAUUUACUCCUAGAUCCCAUACAGUAUUUUUUCAUUAUGUAGGUCUUCUUAUAGCACUAGACACAUGCCUGCACAAUCUGUGCCCCCCCACUCCCUGGAUAUUUUGAACUGCAAAGCCCAUGAUUCUUUGAAUGAAACAGAUAGCCAGGGAAUCAUGGGAGUUGUAGUUCAAAACAUCUGGGGGAGGGGAGUAGGUUGUGCAUCCCUGCACUAGAGGCUGUACAGUCAUUUUGAAAGGGGAACCCAGUAACCUACAAAAUAAUGAUUUGCUGCCCCAGAACAUACAGCACAUUUUCGAAAUGUGCUAGCAAUUUCCUCCGUUUUCCACCCCCUCACUCAGUAAUGUUGAGUGCACGUUAUGGUGAUGCACUUCACCCAGAUUAAAUAAAUCUGCUAUGAAUGGUACAUCUAUGAGUAGCCUACUGACCAGAGGUCCUGUUUUUUUUUGUCUAAUACACAGAGUACAUUUUCCAAUUGGUCGUUUGUCUUUAUAUCCUGACAAUACAUUUAGCACCAAGCAUGUCGUUUAACCAAUUCCUUUGUAGACAGGGAUCCUAUCAUGUGGUAUGGCUCCUUCACUCCCAGUGGGCAUAUAACUAGUCUCUACUCCCCUUCUCGCUCUCCCCGUGGCUCUUCUACCCUCCUACUUUGUCGGUGGCUCGUCAUUGCUCCUAUUUUUGUUAUCUCUGUGGCUCUUCUUCUCUCUCAAUCUCACUUUCGUAGUGGCUCAUAUUCUCUCUCACUCUUGAUAAAGACAUAUUUUUUCUUUUCAUAAAAUUAUAAGCUCUACUUGAAGGAAAACAAUAUAUGUUUACUUCUUGCUCAACGUACUAGGACAAACUAACAACAAGCAAACUAUUUGCUUUCAUAGUGAAACACAGCACAUACAGACUGCAGGCACCAUGACCACUUCAAAUACCUUAAGUGUUCACGUGCUUGUAGUAAUCGUUUAAAUGUCUACGAAGGCUAGUGUUAUCUUUUUUUCCCCCUCUUACUAUUUUUGCACUUCUGUCGAAAGACUAAUUUUUUUAUCUAGAACAUGAAAAUAGAUAUGUUUGUGCAGGGAGUUGGAAGCGUGUUUUUCUCUCUGUGUUUGUGUAUAAUUGUAUUAUUUUUUGUAAUAUGUGCAGAAUGUGAAGUCCGUUUCAGAAACGCCAACUGUACCGCAAGUGUCAGAAGAUGAAUUUGAAGUAGAUGAUGACGACAGUGAAGCUGCUCCCCCACCUGUUGUCGCCCCACGCCCAGAACAUACAAAAUCGGUGAGUAUAAUGUAGGAUAUAGAUCUGAAGUUACAGAAAAAAAAAUCUCUUACUUGUUUCCCAUGUCCAUGGGGCUUCUAGUGUAGAUCCUGGUAACGUUUUGAUUGCUCCCUUUUAAUGGGAUUAGUUCUUUAUUGUACAAUGUGCAUUAUAUUAAAGGGACACUCCAUACACCUAGAUCACUUAAAAGUGCAGAUUUCAAUAUCAAUAGAUACUUUUAUAAAUUGAAAAAUGUAAAUCCAAAUUGUGGGCAACAUAAAAUAGUAAAGAAAUUUAUAUAAAAAUAAAUUUUAAAAAAAGACAGACAGCAACCCAAAUCAGAACGAAUAAACAGUAGAAUACUUUAAAUGCAGAAUUCUGGUGCGCGAAGAAAAAAAAUAUACAAAUUAAAAAUAUUAAUAUAUUUUAACCCAAACAUUGUUUUUUGUUUAAAAAAAAUACAAAAUCAUGUGAUUAGGGAAAUUCUCAUAUGUAGCAUAUAAGCACUAAAUAGCAAGAUAUCGAGCAAAGAUGCAGUGUACAGCUGGUUAUUUAACCUGAAUGCAGUAUAACUACAAACAAAUAAGCACUGAAUAGCAACAAUGUAGCACAAUCUAAACAAUUGUAAUACCAGACAGAUUGGUUAUAAAUUAUUGUAGAAAAAGUUACAGUAAAUGAUCAGAUGGAUCUACUUGGGUCACCUAAACAGUGCAAAUCAUGUCCAGCAGCACUUAGCUAGGCACUGUACCUGCAGUACCUGUACCUAAACUGAGGACCCCAAAUUAGAUUUUAAUAAAGGCUAUAAGAGUCCAAAAAAGACAGAUGUAUGCAGUCAAUGAAAGAAUACAAUAAGCUCUGUAGCUGCUACCUAAAAGGGUGAGCCCCCAUUGUAGAACCUAAAUCGUCCACCAAGCUGCAACGUCCCAAAAGGUAGAUUCCAGUUGAAGCUGUAAUUCUCGGACAAUGUGAUCUGUAGCGUCUGCUUUCAAAAUUCCACCAAACAAGACGACAAGCCCAGGGGCAGAGAUUGACAGCCAUCCUGAAUAGAUGCCAUCUCUAACAGCUCCUCAGCAAAAACUCUUUUUGCAUAAUGUACUGAUUAUAUUAUUGUGUUCUGUUGUACACAUUCUUGCAUACUUGAACAUGACGCAAAAACAAAGAAUUAUAAAAGAAGACAAGCCCAAAAAGGCCUGAUAGUGUAAUCUACACACCCACAGUCUACGUGUUUUGUCUCUUCAAGAGCAUUUAUCAAGACGUUGUUAUUGCGUCUUUUUGGGUUUGUCUUCCUAUUGUUUGUCGGGCUUUCGAAAUUUAUAGCAGACGCUACAGGUGACAUUGUCCAUGUAUUACAGCUUUUUGAUGCAUACAAAAUCUGCAUUUAUACUUUUAGAAAUUAAAAUUAAUUUUUUAAUUAAAUAUAAAUCGAAAGAAUCAAGGGAGUUUUAGUUCAGCUAAGCACCUGUGUGACCUGCGAGCUAGUCUGUACUCUCCUCUUUUUCUUCUAAUAGCCCCUUCUUCCCUGGUGUGUGUUAAACCAGAAGCUAACGGCAGUAUAUGGCUGCCAGGACGCCAUUCCUGGAAAGUUAGCACAUUCCACUUUGGGCGGUGUUUUAAGAUAAAUACACACUCAGCAGCUGCAGUGGGGUCAAUAAUGUUUCAGACUGCCAGAAUCUGGGCGACUUCACUUCAUCUCGUGUUCUGUGUGACCAUGAACGAACGCUCCACCAUGCUGGAGAAUUGAAGAAUUUGUUCCACGUUCACCGCGGGCUUGAAACCGAGCCUGACAAUGAUGGAAAAAUAAAUCCAACAACAUGGAUAACAUACAUCUGGUAUAAGCUGAUUUUCCUACCACAGACCUUCACACAGUAGAGUAGAAGCAAGUAAAAAUGUGUGAACUGACAUAACCACCAGUGUGUCAAAACGCUGUUUUCUUAUGGUGUCAUAAGUUUCAUUUCAUGAGCCAAUAAAAUGAAUACAGGCCAACUUCCAGUGCCUUUUGAGAUUUCUAGAGUUUAGGAAUGAUACAGAGAGCAUGUUAAGAAGGUGGUUCAAUAGGACAGUGGUACUCAGUUGCACUGUCAACAAUACCACCCAGUUUGUCAGUUCAAAUGUCUGGCAAAGUUGUAGUUCUCGAUAUACAUUUCUUACGUUUUUACUGCUGUUUUAUGCAAGAAGUAAACAUGCCCGAGCCCUCAAAGGACCAUAUCGAACUACUGAUGGUAAGGGUCUGAUUACCUAACUUUGAGAACCAAGAGCAUGUUACCACCAUAACAUCCUAACGUUCAUGCUCUUGGCAUUCCAUGUUAUGAUAAUAGAAGAUGAAAAUAAUUCUUUCAUAUGUGUGCCUCACACAGACUUCAUUCUGAUUCAGUGCUUUAGUAGAUUGACAGACACUCAAUUCUGUUCUUCAGAAUGUCUAAUGCUCUCUAGUCUGAGGCAUAAGAAAUGUCUUACGGCAAAUAGACUAACAACUGGGCACGUGUCUUUUCAGGUGUUGAAGUUCCUGCUUGGCAGACAAGCGUGCUUGCCUAAAUAAUAUGAGCUGCCACGUGGUUCAAUAUGUUCCCCUUAACCUCCUGCUUAACGUCUUAGAAUAUAUAGACCUUCUGUGUCCCAUAUUGUUCAAAUAGUCUAACUAUCAAAGACAUGGUUCUGGUUUCUGUUAGCUCUAUAACUUCAGGGUGUCCCAGAGAGUGUUCUUAUGAUGUUUUUUUAUUCUCAAAACAUAUACCUUGAAUUACCCAGUAAGUCCACAUAGUGCUGCAUAGCAAUGUACAUUCAUUCACAUACACGGUUAAGAUUUAUUUUAACAAUUAGAAAUGUUUUCAGAACUCCAAGAUCACAUUAUUUUUCCUUAGUACACAUGUCAGUACUAUGUAUAUUGCAUGAUUUUUAAAAAACUUUUUUAUUUUUUAAAGAUAUAUUAAGACAUUCAAUGCAGCACGAGGGAUCUGCUCGGUACAAUACACACAUCUUACAACGGUAACAUUAAUAUGCAAUACUGAAGAUAUAAUCAUAGAUUAUUCUCCUUAUUUGAUUUUUAUUUUAAACUUCUAUCAUCACAAUAUAUAAAAAAAAAAAAAACUAAGCAAAAAGUAAAAAAUAGAGACAAAAAAAAUGGAGUUGAAAUGCUAAAUAAUGGGUUGAGUAAAAAAGACAAUCUUAAAACCAUUUAGAAAGUAAAAAAAAGAAGGGGGAGAUUAAAAAGGCAGUAGAAUAAGGUGACUCAAACACUCAUAGUUUGGUAGGAUGUUCAUAGGGUGGCAGAGUCAGCACACCAGAUCAGACACCCAGAAGUCCUUAAAUCAGACAUGCGCAGUACACAAUCCAUGGAUGCCAAGUCAUAUUAUCAGCACCAAGAGUCCCUCUGAGACUUGUAGUCAUCUCCUUCAUAUUGUAAACAAGUCUAAUUUUGUCCAUUAACUGUAAUGUAAACACUGCAUUUUCGCUGAAAAGACCGUGUUUACUGCAAAAAGCCCAAAGGGAAUGAUUCUACUCACCAGAACAAAUACAAUAAGCUGUAGUUGUUCUGGUGACUAUAGUGUCCCUUUAAUGAUUUGUGGUUUUAGCUUUCAUUUACUGUAUUGUACAGUGUCACACAGUAUAUAUUGCAUAGGACAUGCAUGUUAACGAUAUCUACUUUAAAGGGACACUAUAGUCACAUGAACAACUUUAGCUUAAUGAAGCAGUUUUGGUGUGUAGAACAUGCCCCUGCAGCCUCACUGCUCAAUCCUCUGCCAUUUGUUUAUGAACCCUAGUCACACCUCCCUGCAUGUGACUUGCACAGCCUUCCAUAAACACUUCCUGUAAAGAGAGCCCUAUUUAGGCUUUCUUUAUUGCAAGUUCUGUUUAAUUAAGAUUUUCUUAUCCCCUGCUAUGUUAAUAGCUUGCUAGACCCUGCAAGAGCCUCCUGUAUGUGAUUAAAGUUCAAUUUAGAGAUUGAGAUACAAUUAUUUAAGGUAAAUUACAUCUGUUUGAAAGUGAAACCAGUUGUUUUUUCAUGCAGGCUCUGUCAAUCAUAGCCAGGGGAGGUGUGGCUAGGGCUGCAUAAACAGAAACAAAGUGAUUUAACUCCUAAAUGACAGUGAAUUGAGCAAUGAAAGUGCAGGGGAAUGAUCUAUGCACUAAAACUGCUUUAUUUAGCUAAAGAAAUUUAGGUGACUAUAGUGUUCCUUUAAACCCUUUCCCAAAAAAUGUUCUUUACAGAUCCGGUAAUAUCAUGAUGGUUCUGACACAUCAUCUCUUAUAAAGGGGUUAAGUUUCAAUCCAGACUUUACAGACGCAAACUAGCAGCUCAAUAUCUACUAACGUGUCAUUUAAUCCCGACUAGGUAUAAAAUGUAGACUCCCGGCAUUUGUAAGCAAUAAUUAGCACAGUACACAGAUAAUGUAUCUGUGCUAGAAUAUAUAUUACAGAAAUAUUGGAAUAAGCAAGACCACACUGUGGCAAAUCUCAGGAGCCGUGGCUCAGAAAAUAGUGGCUUACGCAGUGCCAAUCUCCAGGCAUCCAGAGAUUUGUGGUGAUCCCACUACAGUCUAUUGUAUUUGUAUCCCACUAGACUAAACACCCAACGUUUCCUUUGUGUGCUAGUGGCUAAUUGUGUAUCUGUAAUCUACUCAAUGUUUGAUCUGUCUCCUGCCUGCCGGCCAUGUUUUCAACCCAACGUAACUUAAUGUUGUGUUAAUAUGUAAUUAGAGCUGAUUGGCUCUAAAUUAUGGCCUGCGAUAAUCGUGGUGAUGACCGAUAAUGAAAGUGUUCUUUAUUUAAUGUAGCUUAAGUAAAAGGUUGGAGUUGCUGACAAAAUAAGUUCCUCACCGCGCUGUGUCUGGCUGCGAGAUUUUACCCCUCUCCGUCUGCUUGACAGACAUAUUAUCAAUAAGAGGUAGCUCAGUUGCUCUGAUUGUACCCUGAAUGGAUGAUGUAUUUUUUGAAAUUUACUCUCUUUGACUGAAGUGAUAGGAUUCCAGAAAAACCUUCUCUUGCCAAAAUAUUUUUAAUUUCUAGAUCCCAUUUUUGCAUCAUCAUUGCCAAAUUUUGUGUUUUCCAAAUCUGUCCUAAGGAUCCAACAGUCAUAAACUAAUAAAAAGGUCUAGUUUAGGACAAGUGAAUAAAUCAGGGGUUCAGUCCUUUGCACAAACCUCUGAACUUCUAGAGAUGAUCAUGUCAGUAGGUUGGCAUAUCGGUCACCAUCACAUAUGUCAAAUUCCAUGUGCAGGGUUUUCAAGGUGUAUUCUGGUUUUCUAGAUCUAUACGCGCUCUGUUAUCGAUCCGCUGCCCCCUCCGACUGACAACGAUGUGGCAAACACUCCUUCCUCUGAAACUAAGGAAAACAGCGUGGAACCCAUGCAGGCAGCAGCCAAAACCACAGAGAAGUUAAAGAAGAAGCCCAAGAUGUCCGAUGAGGAGAUUCUGGAGAAAUUACGUAGGUGUCCUUUAUUUCUAGAAUUUUGGGCAAUUUCGUACAAUGCCUCCCUCUUUUUGGCACCUCACGGGGGGAUGUUCUAAUGUGAGAUCUUGCCGGUACCUCGACAUUGCAUGGAAUGUUGUCUAUGUGGUACUUUUAUAAAUCUAACUAUAUGAAGAUUAAGUUGAAAAGGGUUCUAGUUACAUUCAUGUGCCGGAGUCAAUCUCAGAACUGGUACUUCAAUGUCUCCUUUGAAAAAACUUUGCUCAUACAGAUAUUGAAUAUUGAAAUAUUAAGGGCGCCUUGAACUGAAAAGGUUUGGGAACCACUGGUUUAGACAAUGCAUUAAAUGUGUAGAGUUAAAAUGAAAAUAUAUUUUAAAAAAAUCUCUUCUUUGAAAAUUGUUCAUUUGCUGCAUAUUCCCAGGAUUUGUAUCUGCUACAGUGAGCUGUUCCCAGACCAGGAAGCAGUUGAAAAACAAUUUUUUUUUUAUAAUAGUGCACCAUGUCAAGUAGGGAUAAUACAUUCUAUAAGACCAUUAGUGGAAUUUUCUGUAUCCACUCAACAGGACUUUUUUGAAGCCAAGAUUUGGGGUUUUCAUUGGUUAUGUCCUAAUGCCUCUUCCCUUGUGUGCGUUUUGUGGGGUAUUUUGGAACCCCAUUGUAUACUUUCUGGUUCCUAAAUCCACAUUUUGCUUUUUCACAGGGAGUAUUGUAAGCAUAGGAGACCCCAAGAAGAAGUACACACGGUUCGAGAAGAUUGGCCAGGGGUAAGUCAUGCAGAAACAAUAUGAAUCAUCCAUUUAACCCUUUGAGCCUAAGACCCUGAAGAAACUUAUUAACAAAAGUGGUGUGUGAUGAAAAUCCACACAGUAUGUAGAAUUAUCCAUCAAUCCGCAUUUAUACUUUAAAUCUAAAAUUAUUUGAAAUAUGUAAAAAUUAAAUAUUUAUUUUUUACAGAUGUGUGCAGGCCGUGUAAAGACGUUUUAAAAAAAUAUUUUAAAAUAAAUACUUUGUUUGUGGUCAGCUCACCACGUUAGAGGCUCGAAUCCUGGAGAUUGGUUUAGCAUUGUUGUUGAAUAGGAUGAAGGCAUUCCUGAUUAAAAAGACUUUGCUUAGUUUGGGAGGUUAACGUGAUAGGUGAUACCAGCAACAUCUGUUCAGCAAUUCUGAGCAAAGAGACCGCCAGAUCAUGUUUCCUAAAACAGUCUACUUUUGAUUGUGCCCACACUAAUAAUCAGUGAAAUUAAGAUCUCCUAUUACUGCCUGUCAUUACCUGUUUGUCUGCUUCGAUAGACAUCCGAGUUGCAGAUGUGUCAUUAUUGAAAAUGUACGCUUUAUUAUUUGGCUAAAUAGUUUUAAACCUUUGUGCUCUCUCUCGAACAAUUAAUAUUUGAGUAUAUGGACUAACCUAGUACAGCACCAGUUAACAAAGAAACUGGAAAGAUUCUAGCCUUGAAGUGCAUGCCGCUUAAAGGGGCACCCUAAGCACCAUAACCAGUACAGCUCAUGCUGCUUAAAGUAUUCUUUUAUUUUAAGAAAUAGGGUUGAACACUGCACCCAAAAAUAUAUCGGUUAGAUUGAGAACUUUUAGAAGAAAUGUACAAUAAUAUUAAUGACAAAAUAGCUUUUGGGGUUUGCUAGGGCUGCAGAAACAAAGUGAUUUAACCCCUUGAGGACUGAUGACGGUUCAGGAGCGUCAUCAGAAACAUCCUUUUGAGGACUGAUGACAGUCCUGACCCGUCAUCAGUCCUCAAGGGGUUAAAUCACUUUCUGAACCGUCAUAACGUUAAUUAUUACUUGCCCGAUCGCCGCCGUUCCCCCGCCGAUGAGCGGUCACAUGGCCGCAAUAGGCGUCCAGGCAGUCUCCCUGCAUCUGUUAAAUAAUAAAAAAAAUAAUGUUAAUAAAUAAAAAAUUAAUAUAUGUGUGUGUAUAUAUAUAUAUAUAUAUUUUUUUUUUUCUUUUUUUUGUCAUUCUAAGUGUAUUUUUAUAUUAAUAUAUACAUAUAUUUCAUAUAUUAAUAUAAACUACUUAUAAUUAAAUACACACACAUAUAUAUAUAAUAGCUAUAUAUAUUGUAUAUACAUAUUAUAAAAAAUAAAUAAUAAUGAAAAAUAAAUAAAAAAAUGUAAAAAUAAUAAUAAUAAAAAUAUUUGUGUUUCAAAACAGUAAAACAUAUCACAGCAAAGAUAUUGUCAGUGAAAGUGAAGUUUUGUGCAUUUUUUACACACAAACUGCACUUUCACAGAUGAUAUACUUGUGAUAAGUUUUACUGUUUUGAAACACUAAGAUUGGUGUUCAGCAAAGUCCCCCGAGUAUAAUAGUACCCUGGGGUACUAGGGUACAGGUUUUAUAGUGUUUUUGAAACAGGUUUUAUAGUGUUUUUGAAAGUUACAGGGUCAAAUAUAAGGCUUGAUUUUCCGUUUUUUCACAUUGAAAUUUGCCAGAUUGGUUAUGUUGCCUUUGAGAGCGUAUAGCAGCCCAGGAAUGAGAAUUACCCCUAUGAUGGCAUACCAUUUGCAAAAGAAGACAAGCCCAAGGUAUUGCAAAUGGGGUAUGUCCAGUCUUUUUUAGUAGCCACUUAGUCACAAACACUUUCUAAAGUUAGCGUUCAUAAUAGUUUUUUGCAUUUUUAACACACAAACAAAUAUAAAUGCAAACUGGCCAGUAUUUGUGACUAAGUGGCUUCUAAAAAAGACUGGACAUACCCCAUAUUGAAUACCCUGGGUUGUCUACUUUAAAAAAAUAUGUACAGGUGGGGUGUGAUUCAGAGAUUUACGGCAGUGUUUCAAUGUCACUAUUGAUAAAUUUUAAAAAUAUAUAUUUUGAAACAGCCCUAUAACUUGCAAAAAACAAGCAAAAACUCUAAGAGAAUAAAACGGCAAACACCUCAUUGUUUUACUAAUGUAUCCUAAGAGAAUAACAUUGGUACAAUAAUCAAUUCAAUCAAUAUACAAAGUUACAAUAAUAAGUGAGUUAACUGCAAAACAAACCUAAAUCUUGAUUUACAAUUUAGUUUGGCAAUUGUUCUCAACCAAUAGUAAGAGACGGUUAAUAGUAAAGACUGCUAUCUAUAGUUUUGUCUUGAUCAUACUGCCCGGUAAAAGUUGUGAUUAUGGAAUGCAUCGUCGGCGUAUUGUUUGUGUUUGUUGUUGUUGUUUUUUUUUUUGUCUGCUGAAGGACAGAUGGCUUUGAACCUUGUUUUGACCAUUUGUAAAUUUGUGUAAAAUCCCCCACUUACAGGAAUGCAUGCCGAAAGCAAAACUGUAACAGUUUCGCUGGGUUUGAUAACGUCAUUGUUGACCUGGUUUUGGGCCAAAGAACAUGUAGCAUUUUCUUAGAGCCGGGGAAUGCCCCAUCUUGAUUAGCUGCAUGAAUGUUCUCUUUGUCUCCUGUCUGUGAAGGUUCAGCUCGGCCCAGCCUGGCCAGACUUUAGAGAAACUCUAUUAAUGGAUGACAGGUUAUAUGCCCCUCCCCGUAAAUAGGUCGUAGGACCCAACUUGAGUACAACAAGUCAAGCACAAGUUUUUAAUUUUGCUUGUCCUUAAUCUUACAUGCCAAUCAUUCUGACCGACUACUUGUGGCAAAUAUUCUCAACGUAUUACUAUUUUUUACAGCAAUAAGCAGGUCCCCUUCAAAAUGUCACGUUCUUGAUCAUAAUGUACUGUACUAAAUAUCAAGUCUCUGCCUUGGCAGCUUAUAAAAAGCCUAUCCACAGGUUUAUUAACUAGUUUAGACUGAUAGUUAAGGGAAAAGGGAAACUGCUCCUCUUUAAUUCCUGGCGAUGACAUCACUGCUGUACUCUCACGCAGUGGUGGUGGCUGUCGGGAUUGACUCUUAGACUUCACCUCGAGUCUUAGAAAUUCAGGCAGAGGAUAAAUACCGUGAUAAAGUAGUCCCUACUUUUUCUCUAUAUCUCGCUUGACUGGGUUGGAAUUUCAGUGAAAUAAAAAUUAUUCUAAGUUUAUGAAACACUCACUAUCGGGGGUGGGGGAGCACUUUAAUUAGCUUUUGGUAAAUGUAUACAGUUUAUAAUAUUAUCAUUGUCUAACCAACCGAAUCCUGUCUCUUUCUAUCAAACAUCAGAGCAUCGGGUACAGUUUACAUUGCGGUCGAUGUAGCAACGGGACAAGAGGUAAAUGCUUUAAGCAUGUUUCUUCUUUGAGAAUUCUGCAUCUUUUAGUAUUAUAACAUUUUCUGCUUACAUCUACAUAACAUGACCACGCACCUUUAAAUGCUAUCACCCUAAACUGUCUUCUGCAGGCUGAGCAUCAUGGUAAUUGUCGUCUCACUGUCUUAGUAACACUAACUUUCAGCUGCAGUCUGUUUUUGUAAAACACGUUUGUGUUGAGUAAUGCCAUAGUCUGUUUCUGAACACACGUCGUUGGAUCUGCAUUUACACUGUUACUCUGACUUCCAUUGUCUCAGUUCUGCCUUCUAAUUCUGUCUACUUACAGGUGGCAAUUAAGCAGAUGAAUCUACAGCAGCAGCCAAAGAAAGAGCUAAUUAUUAACGAGAUCCUUGUAAUGAGGGAAAACAAGAAUCCAAAUAUUGUAAAUUAUUUAGACAGGUAAGUCACAUGACUACAAAUCUAUUAAUACACUUAGUCAUCUUUAAAUGUAUGGGUAAUUCUAAAAGCAAUCUGUCCUGCUCGCCACAUGUCUUAAAUUUCUGUCUGUUUCCUAAUUUGCCUUGCACACUCUCAUACCUAUACGCAUACAAAGUUUGACAUUGCGUACAUUUACUGCACACACAUUCAGCAAUGCUUGCAUGCAUGCACACAUCUGAUUUGGGGUACACACAUUCAACAUUGGAUACAUAUACCCACGCACACAUUUAACAUUAUGUACAUGCAUUUUCGCACACACUCGAUUUGGCAAACAUUCAUCCACACACACAUUCGACAUCUCAUGUACAUGCAUCUGCACACACAUUUGAUAUCGCAUACAUGCAUCCACACACAUUCAUCUUUGCAUACAUACAUUCGCAUGCAUAUUGAUAUCAUGUACAUAUACAUGUGACAUUGUAUCCAUGUAUACACACAUACAUUAGACAUUGCAUACAUGUAUCUCCACACACGUUCCACAUCACGUGCAUGCACGCCCACACACAUUCCGCCUCGCACACACGUGAUAUUAUGUAUAUACAUCAGCACACAGAUUCAACAUUGUGUACAUACAUCUGAACACACAUGCACUGAUUCAAACCCAAAGCUUUUGUAGGUCAUAGGAAAUGGUCACAGUCCUUUAUAUCGCACAGGCCUCUUUAGCUUCUUUUCAAGGAUCCCUUGAUAUUCCUAUGUAAUAAAUUGGUUUGGGAUCAGAUUUUUGUCCUCCGUAUAUCAGUGUGAAUAUCAGGCAGCCUGGAAUUUUGUGAGCAGCUUGCCUGCCAUGGGAUAUUCAAACAUUUCCAGGAUCCAAAAGAUAUUCCAUAACAAGACACGUGUAUUUAAACUAGACCACGUCUGAGUGUAGAAAUCAGCCACGAGGAGUUCCAUGAGUCAUCAUGUCACUAAGGAAGAAACUUUCUAGCCAUCCACUCACAUAGAGCCCUGCCACGUAGUAGCGCUUGUUUCCAGCUGUCCUUCUGCGAGUGUCCCUCUCAUGUCUCUGUAGAUUUUAUUGACCAAUUGUUGCUCUUAGUGACUGUGACAAUAUGGCGUCUCUGCUACAGAAGGUUAUCGUCCGUGGAUAUCGUAUGUUAACCUGCACAGCUAAUUGCUAUGCUAAGCACUAAGACCCGGUACUUUGAAUCCUGUAUCCACCGGCAAUACAGGAUAUACAGCACUGAUAGUUCUGGUUCAUAUAGGAUAUUCUAUCUAUCUAGUCCACUGGCAAUUCGCUAUGAGGAGCUAAUCUACAGUGGAUGAUAAACCGCAAUAUACCAGGAUGCUUCAAGAGACACACAAACUCCUUGUUGGCAAAUCACAAACACACUUUAUUCUGGUUCAUAGACACAAUAUAUAGCAGUUCUCUAAAUAACACAUAAACAACAGUGACCAAUCAGGGAUAUGAGAGGCCCAGGGGAAAAUUAAAUCAAUUAUAACAAAGUAAAUAUCAGAUAAUAGAGUCUACAUUAAAAGAGGCUAUUCAAUUACAGAUACACCAGACAACAGGUAAUUUUAUUAAAAAUAUCAAACUCUAAUUAACAGAAGGUACAGGUAAAUCCAGACAAAAGGGUAAAAAUGAAUCCAAUUAACAGACCUCACUCUGUCUCCCUAAUUGUGUACGGAGGAUGUGCCAUUUUGCCUGACUCAUUUACUGUGACACUGUAAUCCUACAGAGUCUGCUUUACCGCUAGAAUUAUGCUUUGUACAUAAAGCAAUAAGGAGACAUGGUUAUCGUACCUGGCACCUUUGGCAAAACAAGGGACAACAUAGUCCUGGCAUGAUGACAGAUCAAUAACAAAAACAUUGUUCUGUUACAGUCCUGAUCGUCACAGUGACUACAGCUGCUGAUUAAUGGACUUAUGUUUCUGAUACUCAAAUAAAAUAUACUUUGCAGGUUAGUAAAAAGACUUUAAGACCUGUGGUAGAUUUGAAAUAUUUUAUUAUUUUUGUUUUAUAUAGCACCACACAUUCCGCAGGGCUUUAAAAGUCGAGAAAGGGGUGAGAGAGGCCUGGCUAAUGAGCUUAUAAUGUAUAUAAUGUUUCAGCAAGUUUGGAAAUGCCGUGUAGUAUAAGAGGGUUACAGACAUACAAGAUGACACAUAGGAAACAUUGUUUGUGUAUAGAUGUAUUCUGCUACAGAAAGAUUGAGCCUGCUGCUCCUCUGAGAGGUUCUUCUAGCAGGAAUUUGCGAGUGAUAGAGGCAGUUGCUGAGAAUACCAGUCUAUCUGUUGCCGUGCCUCAUGCUAUAUGUAGUAUGAUGUCCUGUCCCUCUGCUUUCUUCCAGUUAUCUGGUCGGGGAUGAGCUCUGGGUGGUGAUGGAGUAUCUGGCCGGUGGAUCUCUCACAGAUGUGGUUACGGAGACUUGCAUGGAUGAAGGACAGAUAGCAGCCGUGUGCAGAGAGGUACGAGAGAGCCAUCACGUUGAUUGAUUGGAGAUUGUUUAUAAUCUUGUCAAUAUUUUUUAAUAAAAUAUCUAAAAAACAAUUACAUACAUAUAUUUAUAUAUACACAAAUGACAUCCACGUUAAAAAAAGUUAUACUACUACUACCUUCCAAUCUGAUAUAUUUCAGAAACCAUAUAGAAAUCUUUUAAAGUAAUCAGAAAAAAUACAAAUCUUUUAUACUAGUUAUAUAAUGGACUGGUUCAAUAUAAACUGUCUCUUGCACUUUAAUGUUAUCUUAAAGGAGAACCAUCACUGCCGAGGAAUGUUUAGCAAAUGUGUGUUUGCAGGCUCUGAAAGAUAAAAUUAAAUGUAGAAUACCUAACCACUAUACUUAGCUCUGUCCUGGAGUCAGUGCCUCCUCCUAGUGGAAUUAAUAAGUAAUUGUGACCACUGUGCCAGUUCUGUAACAGUGCUCAAAAUUUGCCAUUGACGUGUGAUUUGACAUCUACUUGCCAUUGACGUGUGAAAAUGUAGCCCCAGUGACUAUAAAUUCACCUCUCAAUAGUGUGUCAGACACGACGCUUGCAGUGGCCAGUAACUGUUAAGGCUUGGCUAAUAGUGUGGAAUUUGAAAUGUUAAUAGUGUCAAUGUUUCACUCCAGUAAAAGUGCUCACACGUGUGCAUGUGCUCUGAGCACAAGAGCUGAGUGGAGUUGAAAAGUGUGUUCGAUGACACGAGUGUGGCUGGAUAGUGCGGUUAGCAGAUUAUUUUAUUCCUCCGAGUCCUAUAGGGAUCACUAGAUGAAUGACGUAGAUAAGCACAAAGCUGUUUUUUUUUUUUUAAAUAAAGCUAACAAUUAUUGAAAGGUUCCUCUCUUUUAUUUACACUACAAAUCACGGUGGCCUCGUGGGAAAGAGAUGUCAUAUCUAUUCUAUGACCGGCAUCUCAAACUAUGGCCUCCUAUAUGAUGCCAAACCACAACUCCCAUGAUUCCCUGGCCAUCUCUUGGAUUGAAAGAAUUCUGGGAGUUUUAGUCCAUUAUCAUCUGGUGGUCCAGAGUUUGAGAUUGCAGCUCUACACAAAUAUGAUGUCACAACAUUCUACCAGUUGGAUCAGCAGAACUCUAGACCACCUUAGUUUUUCCCACCUAUUCAACUGUUUCUCCUAACAUUACAUCAUUUAGCAAUUAGCAAAUAUGUCUAGAUGUUUCUUCUACCUACAAAGAGCAUUUAAGGACAUCAGAUUUGAUUAAAGACUGUGCGUUUGGAAGGUUAAUGAUCAAUUCCGCCUUAAUUAAUUUAUCUACAUUGCAGUUAGCUUCCUUGUUCUCUCCCAGUGAUAGAAAUAAAUGUCUGCUGAGAUGACAUGUUUACCAUCUCUUUCAGUGUCUGCAAGCAUUGGAAUUUCUGCACUCGAAUCAAGUCAUUCAUCGAGAUAUUAAAAGUGACAACAUCCUACUGGGCAUGGAUGGGUCUGUGAAGCUGAGUACGUUAAACACAGCAUAUUCUCAUCCAAAGUGUGCAACACGUUAACCAGCACUCCAAGGGUUGUACCAUAGCAUCCACUGUUUCCACUGUAGGGAAAGACAAACUCCUACUUUAAUUGUUUCAGAGGAAAGAUUUUUUGUUCCUUAUGCUACUUGGGGAUCUAAUUUUGAAGACAAACUUGCCAUUUUGCAGAGUAGACAACCUUACAACAGUUAAAAAACAUAGAUAUUCCUGUAGGUAUUAAUCAAAUGGGUAAUAAUCUAAGGCAAUUAAAGGAAAGCUCCCAGGUUUAUUGAAAAUGUCUAAUUAUUUUUAAAAGGCAAAAGUCACAUUUUUAAUUUGCUUUAAAUUUUAAUAACACCAAUAAAAAAUGAAAGUAACCCGUGCUCUGUAUAAAAGUGAGCAAUGUGACAAAGUGUGCCUCUUAUAUUUUAGUGUGUAUGAAAAGGGAUUAUCGGGAUGAUUAUAAUGACACUUUAAAACCUCACAUAUAUUUUGUAUGAGCGGCUAUGUACUAUCGACCAAUGGCAACUAAAAGCACAAAAUAUUAAGGGAAAUAAGUCAGGAAACUAUCAUUUUGGAACGUAUUAUUGUUAUUAUACAGAAAAAUGUCUAUUAAGACAGUUGCAACAUUUAGGGAACAAUAGCUAAAUUUAAAAAAAAUCUCAGCUUCAAGGAGAGUUCCUGCCGGGCUAUUUUUUAGCCCACAUGUUCCAGUUGGGAUUACAUUUUACGACAAUUCAAAGUUCAGUAAAUAAGCCUCAAAAUUUGUAGAUGCCUGGAAUAGUCUUCCAACAAAGGUUGACGAGAUCAAUAAAUUGAAAAACUCAUAGAAACCUGUUUGGGGGGGCUUAAUAAAAAGCCAUCAUGAAGCAUGUUACUCUCCUGAAAUGUGAACAUGCUGGUAAGGCUGCAGAGACACUUUUAAAGGGAAGAGUUAGGACAUUGUGGUACAUUGUGCUUUUUAAAUAGCUGGUGCAUGUAAAAUGUUCACAUUCUUUUCAAUGCAAACAACUUGUAUUUCAAGGGUUUUUAUUCCUUUAUAGCGGACUUUGGUUUUUGCGCCCAAAUUACGCCUGAGCAAAGCAAACGAAGCACAAUGGUGGGGACUCCAUAUUGGAUGGCACCAGAAGUGGUUACUCGAAAAGCUUAUGGUCCUAAAGUGGACAUCUGGUCUCUGGGAAUCAUGGCCAUCGAAAUGAUUGAGGGAGAGCCUCCUUACUUGAAUGAAAAUCCUCUGAGGGUGAGUGCUACAUUGUAACAUCCAGGAUGGAAGGGGGAUUAUGGUAUUUGAACGAUUUCUGGGUAAUGAGGACACAUUUGAUGGACAUUGUAUCAGAGUGAAAUUAUAUCAGACCUUCUCCCAGGUGAUCCUUAAGUCCUGGCAACUAUGAGUAUGGAUGGAUUUUUUAGUCUGUUCAAUAUGUUUCCCUAUACUAAGUAAAUGAUUUGUUGGUACAGCUUAAUUUUCUAUAACAGGAUGGUUAGAUCCCCAGAUGAGGCAGAACUACACCUUUAAUGGUGUUUUUCUAUGAUUUAGAACUGGCAGAGCUGUAGUUCUACCACCGAUGGAGAUCUGCCUUUGGCUGUAUUUUGUUUAUACAGUAUUAUACUAACCUUUCUGAAACGCUUGCUAGUUUUCAAGGUUUGUAUGCACAUCCUACACACAGUGCUUAAACCUGUGUUAAUCGGGAACAAAGGAUAGUAGCAUAUUACCAGACUAUUACUUAACAAAAUGCCUUUAGCAGGCAAAAUAUCAAAUAUAAAGUCAAGGAAAACUAGCUGAAGCCAAAGAUUCCAGAAAACACAGUAUCGAUAAGCCGAGUCUGGUCAAGGAGUACAGAGAUCAGGGUAGUUAGACAAGCCGAGACAGAUAUCACAAGGAAGCUACAGCAAGAAUGUAUAGGCCUGUUGGUGUUUCUUUGAUAAGACAAAAUUGUCUGAGGAUUGUGGAGUGUUGCUCACUUGGGGAGGCAAGGGGACUAGGUAAGUGGCAUAGUAAAAGGUAUGUAUCUUUACAGCUAGCUAGUUAUCGGGCUAUUUGCGUACAGCAGGAUUUCUCUGUAGAGGUCUAUAGGCGGUCUAACUCCAGUUAACCAAGUCUGUUCCUUAUCAGAUCCAGUCAGUGUGUGGUUUAAAGAAAAGGAAUGCGGAAAAGGCACAAAAACGCUUUCUUGGCAGAAUAAAAAAUAUAAAAAUCGGUUAGUUUUUGCAAGGAACAUGUUGUAAAAACCGACCGAUAUAUUAAUGUGCAAGCUGUUCUCCUACAGAAUUAAUGGAUUUUAUUCUUUGUCGCUCUGUCCUAUCAGGCACUCUAUCUCAUAGCUACAAACGGGACGCCAGAGCUGCAAAAACCGGAGAAAUUAUCAGUCACUUUCAGAGACUUUCUCACCCGCUGCCUUGAGAUGGAUGUAGAAAAGAGAGGCUCAGCCAAAGACCUUCUCCAGGUGAGCUUACGUAGGCGAGUAGACCUCCUCCAAGUAAUUAACAUGUGAGGGAUUCCUCCCAGUCAUCGUCAUCUAUGUUGCAUUAGUUAGGGCAUUUCCACCAGUAAUUUGACUUUAGCGCCAGCUCCCAUAUGGGAAAUAUAAACAAAUUCCAAAGUAAUAAAAAUCUUAAUCAGCGCAUGCAAAAAAUGGCAAGGUGCAAGCAGAUUGGAUACUAUAUAUAUUUCUCUGAACAACCAUCCACAAGACACAAAACACCAUGGUGGUCUCAGUUUGGAAUGCCCCCCUGUUUGUAACUUGUCAUUUUGUGCAGACUUUGAAAUAACGGUAUUUUUGUUUAACUUUUGGAUUACUGCUCCGGCAACUUCACAGUUAAUUGUUUGCUCAGUACGAGACCCUGGCACAGAACACCCGAACCUUUUGCUUACUGACAGACCCCUGGGAAAUCCUGUAUUGGGGGGCUUUCAUGUGAAAUGAUAAUUACUAUCUCAUUACUUGCAACACAAAGUAGUUUUUCUUUUACGGAUUAUUCCUUUAUAAAACCAAGAUGAUCUUUUCAGUCCGCCAAAAACUCACAUACACUCACUCUUAUUCUUAUGUUAAGAUGGGUCUAUGCUGCUUUAAAUUCUAUAAAUCAAACCAGAACUUUAACCCCUUAAGGACACAUGAUAUGUGUGACAUGUCAUGAUUCCCUUUUAUUCCAGAUGUUUGGUCCUUAAGGGGUUAAAGAAGUUACCAGGGUUACAUUUGGACGUUGGUUAUUUGGGGGGCUGAGAUUUACAGAGCUGUUAAUGAUCUAGCACAUAUUGUGUUAUUAGGUAGCUAAUCCAACUGAAUUCUGAGAAACCUUUAUAGGGGAUAACGCCUUGAGAUAAAGAUUACAUAAAAAGAGGAAAGAUUGUUUCUCAGAGAAAGUGUGUGCAGGGUUAAAACAUAACUUUUAUUAAUAUAUUAAAAAGGAACUACAAGUGGCUAAUAGUGGAUAAAAACUUCAAGUUACGUCUAUUUAACGUAGGAAAUAUCGCUAACAGCUUUUUGACAAAACUAUAAGGGCUCUAAAAUUCUGUCUUUAGAAAGAAAGGUGUGUAAAUGAAACAUUGUUGCAACCACCUAGGAUACAGUUGCAACAAUGAUUGUAGUCAAAAGAAACAAAGAUAUCACACACACACACACAAACAAACGCACAAUCUCUCCCUCCGUGCACAUCAAACGACUUGGAGGAACACUAUAGGGUCAGGAACAAAAACGUGUAUUGCUGACCCUAUAAUGUUAAAAAACAAGUUACCUUAUUUCCAGCGCCACGCGCAUGCGCCGAUAAUGGUUGAUUUAGUAUAUGGAAGCAUUGGAUUGACUGAGCCUGCCAAGGAGGUGGGCCAGGGGAGGGGGCAGAGCCAAACCUCAUAGAGAUGCAUUGAAUCCCUGUAUACACUUUCUCUAAAAAAACACUCUUCCCUCUUUUUUAUGGAACCUUUGAUAAAUACCCAUAUUUGUUGAUCCAGAAAAAUAGCAAAAAUAAAGUAGAAUUUUUGUGGCUUAAAUCCGUUUUCUAGGGUUAAAGUUGCAGUGGAGGUAUUAUCUGAUUUGAUGAAUUAUUAUCUCCAUGUGUUAUGUCCUGUGUUUUAAAUGCUUUACUUUGGGAAUCUGUCCAAAUUGUCACGCCAAGUACCACGCUUACAUCUUCUUUGGAGCUGUUCUGUUCCUGCCCAGACGGAACCGUGCCCACUGUGAUUGGCACUGCAUUCAUUGUGAACAGACGCCUUGAAUUCAUUGUCUAAAAAUAGACUAUUCGCCUUGUUUUAGGUGACGUCAGAUGAAAGAGCACAUUGUUUGACACGUUACUGUGUCCUGUGUGAUAAUUAACCCUGGGUUGGAUGAGUAGGCCGAUAUGCUUGGUGUGAUCGUUCCUGAACAACUAACUAAAAACUAACUCUAAUAAAAUCUGCAUUUCACUGUUGAAAAGGAAAAUGCUACAUUUUUACAAAUUGUUAUGCAUGAAUUCAAUUUCUGCUUUUUUUUCUUCUUCUUUUUUCCACAACUCAUUAGGUGGCCUUUAUAUAGUAGUGCCCCUCUUUUUUUCUCCACUACCUCUUCCACCCAUGUCAUUACCCCGACACACCUCUCUGUAAAGAUAUUCUAGAUGGGAAAGAUGUAAAUUUGGUGUCUCUAUUAAUCGCCUCCCAAGAUGUAGUGGAAAUUUAGAACAUAUAAUUAUGGUGACUUACCGGUGGUGAUGAAGGCUAGAGAUCCACGUCUUAAUAAAAAAAACUUACCAUCCCCGAAUUAGUCCUAGCCUUUGGCCCACUGUAUUUCUGGGCAAGGCACAAAUCUGCUACAAUUUGAAUGCAGGGGCAUGUAGUUUCAGCGCCAGCAGGUUGUUGCAUGUUUGUUCGAUCUGCUGUAGGGCACAUGCCAGAUCCAUGUGCCCUUCAAAACUAAACCCAAGACCAUGACUAACCAAAGUCAUUAUUAACAACCUGGCACACUACUCGCAAACGCACCCUUCUUCUCACAUGGUGGAAUUCAUAAUUCACAGGUUUUCACAGGGAUUCCACACCGGGAUUGUGGCACUCACCACAGGUACACUAGAAUGCCCCAACCUGCUUUCAGGUACUAACAACCCUCUCGCGGUAGACACCCUCAUAGACAAAGAAGUUCACCAAGGUUUCAUGCCAGACCUAUUUUACUCCCCUCCUUUUUCAACGUGGCAUACUAACCUCGUUGGCAUCUCAAUUAGGAAAUACUUAAAAUAAAAAAAACUUAUGAUAACUGACUUAUCAGCUCCUCAUUCAUCAACCACCCCAAGUCUAAAUUAACUUACUCCAUCCUACGAAUUUUCUCUACACUACGCCACUGUGGACAAUGCCAUACAGGUAAUCUUAAAAGCCUCCCUCCCAGACCCUCCCACCUCCUGGACAGCUCACUAAGAAUGCAGCUUCAAAAUGGAUGCUGUCCAGGAGGUGGGAGGGUCUGGGAGGGAGGGUCUGCUGCUGAUUGGCUGGAAUGUGUCUGCAGACUGUGAGGUACAGGGUCAAAGUUUACUCAAUGAUUAGUCCGCUGCGAACCGUUCGGGACAUCACUAUCCACCAAUACUGAAACAAGCUAUAGCAGAGCUAUGCCCAUUUUCAAUCGGUUCUCAGUGGAGUUUAACACUCACAAUUUUUCAGUUUAAACCAUGAUAGCUUUUGCCGCAUUUUGCCACCUUCACCUCAAACUAUCAUGCAGUACCAUCAAACAUUAUUUUUUUAAGGACUGCGGCAUUUCACACUGACCACUGUGCCAAAUUACAUCCCUUUCUCAUCCUCAUAUCCGAUAAAAAAACAUUCUAAAAGGCAUCAGUAAAGUAGAUCAUCCCACUACUCAGAGACGGUUACCUAUUGACGGGGAAAACUCUGUACCCUAUCAAAUAUUUUGGACACCCGACCAUUCGAUCCUUCGCAAAUAUUGUCAUAAAAACAGCUAUUUACAUUGCCUGCUCUGGGUUUUUAAGACCUAGAGAGUUCACGGUGGUAGCUCAAACAGCAAUUUAUGUCUCACCAUCAAAGACAUAAAGAAAGUAAACGACUAUUGUAUUCUAUUAUUAAGACAAGGCCCUCAACCCCUCUGUUCCUGUGUGUCCAACUUGUCUGGUUACCCAUUGUAAAGCGCUGCAGAAAUCCCUUCUACCCUACCAAGAAUAAUUGGUGGCCUGUUAAAGUGCUGUAAUCAUAUCUAUACAACAUUAGAAACAAACCACCCGAGACACCGCUACUCACACUACUAGGUGGUCCCCUCACCACUUCCAAAUUCAUGUUCUAUGUCAGAGCUCUCUGCAUCAGGUUAGGUCUUUAUCCAGCCUCAUACUCUGGCCACUCAUUUAGAAUCAGGGCUGCUUCUGCUGUAUCUAGUACCUACACUCCCGUUCAUAUCAUUAAAAGGUUAGUUGAUUAGAAAUCCCCUGUAUGUAAUAGGUAUAUUCCUCAACCCGAGAAAGAAUUAAGGAAAGCGUUUAAGAAUCUUGUAUUGUAACAUAAGCAAUAAGUGCGGGUUACCUACUUUUUGCCCUCUUUUAUUACAGGCCUACCCUUACGUCGGUAUCGACACACCACUACUGACUUGUUCCAUUUAUAAUGUUAUUGCACUGCUUAUAUUUUAUGGACCACAAAUAUAUAUGUACACACAGACACACUCUUUCUCUCUCUUUUAGGUGACUGUAUAUAAGGUAGGUAAUGUGCUAGCCUCAAAGGGACACUAUAGGCGCCCAUACCACAUCAGCUCACUGACGUGGUCUGGGUGCAGUGUCCCAGGUCCCUUAACCCUGCAAAGCUUAUUAUUGCAGUUUUGAAGAAAUUACCUUUGAGAGUUAACUCCACCUCUAGUGGCUGUCUACCAGAUAAACACUAAAGACACUUCCAGCCUGUUAGAUGACUUUUGGUCGCCUAACUGACGCUCGGCGUUCUCACUCUAUGCAUGGGGACUUCCAGCGUCCUCCAAAACCCCAUAGGAAAGCAUUGUAUAAUACUUUCAUAUGGGGAAAUCCUAAAGUGAGCACGGCCAUUGCCGCACAUGCGCAUUAGGUCUCCCGCCAGCUGAUGUCAGUGGGGGAGAAGCGAAGGCGGACCCGAGUUGGAUUGAGGUAAGUAACACAGGGGAAUGGCAAGGAAGGGGGGAGCUAUAGUACCAGGAAAACGACUUUGUUUUCGUGGCACUAUAGUUUCCCUUUAAUUAAGCAACUUGCGGCAAUGAACGGUGUUACUGUAUAAAAUAGAUCUCUAAUCCUAGACAUUAAUAAUAAUAUAUGACUGUUCUAGUGAACAUCUCCCAUUUAAGUGUUCCAUCUUAUCUUCCAGCACCCGUUUCUGAAGAUCGCAAAGCCUCUAUCAAGUCUCACGCCUCUUAUAAUUGCAGCAAAGGAAGCUGCGAAAAGCAACCACUAGAUGGAGGUACCAGAUUGUGUGGAAAGGACAUUUUUUUUUUAAAUAAGUGGCUAUUUGAUUCAGCCUUUUAUUGCCACAUCGUCUGGCCACCAGACACCUGGAAUAAGAAUCAUCGUCGCUGACUGCGUUGAUGUUAACUUUUUAAGGCCAUACAUUUCUUGCACCUGACAUUUCAAGAGUCUCACUGUAGUAAAUAACUACUUUGACGUGGCUGUGACUUUUUACCGUGGACUUUUUACAGAAUCUAUUCUGCACACUGUAGGCAAGCACAACAGUUUGUCUCUUUUAACUGUGGAUUUUUUAAAAUAAUUUUGGAGCCCUGACUGUGUUGAGCUAAGUAAAUGAAAACGGUUUGUUCCCCUGUCUUUCUGGUACUGUAUUGUCUGACAUGGUUUGCAUUUUCCCAAUCUGCGCUCUACAGAGAUACUUAAAAUUAUCUGAUGGGAUUUGUUUUUUGAAUUGUAUAUAAAAGUGUAUGACUUGAUCUGUUUAAUGUAAAGUUUUUUUCUAGACACAAUGUUGCACAUUAAGCAGGGAAGUAAAAGUAUGACCAAUAGAGGGUGCUGCAUGGAUGGUUCUGGACUCUCUGAAUCUCAGUUAAUGAUAAGAGCUUGAUAUAAGGUUGUUAUUCAAGUUGUAGCCCAAUGCCUACAGAUGGACGACAAGCACAUUCCAAUGAAUAGUAUCCUUUAUCCACUAUUGUGUAUUGUCCCAAAUUAAACAUUUUAGGCCACAGCUCACUCUUUAUUAAAAAUCCCUGAUAGGAUCCUUAAAUUGUACAGGGCUAUUUACUAAACGGAGAAAUGUGUAUAAUUAUUAAGACAAUUGCAAAUUGUAGGACAAUAAAAGCUGAGCGGAAAUAUGUCAGAGUUCUAAAAUUUGAAUUUUUUCUAAAAAUUUUUUAUUUUAGCCGAACAUUUUCAGAUUGCCCUUUAAUUCUCCACCAAUCAUAGUUAAGAAAUUAAACCCCUGUUUAGUGCGUAAAUGAAUUAAUGGACCGUUAGUCACCAUGGCCACUUGAUUUUUAAUGAAGUGGUUUGGGUGCAGUGGUUCUUUAGGUUUAACCCAGGGAUAUAAAACAUUGCAUUGUUUAGAAACUGACAUUGUUUACAUUACAGUGUUCAGUCCACCUCUAAGGGCUGUCAUGCCGAAAAGCACUAGAGGCGCUUUUUCUGCACUAACUGAUUCAAUGCUUUCCUAUCGGUUAACUUGGAUGUGUGUGUGAUAGGUCCAACAUGCUUUUCUAUGAGGACCAUUGGAUUAGAACAUGCCAGAGGAGGCAAUGUCUGCAGGAGGAGAGGUAAGGAAUGUGAAGUAAGCCUCAGCGCUGGAAAAAGUUAAGCAAAAAGUUCAGUUUAUUCAUUUUUACUGCAAACAGGGAGGGGACCUAUAUGUAGCUAGGGGCAGGGGCAUUCAUCUGCUAGGAACACAGUUUUGUAUUUCUAAUGCUACAAUGUUUUUUUAAAGCGACACAAUAAUCACCAAAACAACUUUAGCUUAAUGAAACCGUUUUGAUGUAUAGGUCAUGCCCCUGCAGCCUCACUGCUCAAUUCUGCGCCAUUUAGGAAAUAGAGCACUUUAUUUAUGCAGCCCUAGUCACACCUCACUGCAUGUGACUUCUACAGCCUCCCUAAACACUUCCUGUAAAGAAAGAUCUCAUGUUUAUACUUCCUUUGUUGCAAAUUCUGUUUAAUUUCGAAUACCUUAUCUCCUGCUGUGUUAAUAGCUUGCUAGACCUUGCAGACACGUAGACUGCUAUGUGUGAUCAAAGUUCAAUUUACAGAACAGGAGAUAAAAACUUUCAAAGUAAGUUACAUCUGAAAAUGAAAUCAUUUUUUGUUUUCAUGCAGGCUGUGUCAGUCACUGUCAGAGGAGGUGUGUCUCAGGCUUAAUAAACAUAAACAAAAAUGAUUUAACUCAUAAAUGGCAAAGAAUUGAACAGUGAGACUUCAGGGGCAUGAUCUAUAUACCAAAAUUUGUUUUGGUUCCUAUAGUGUUACUUUAAGUAUUACUGGUCCUAAAGAGGUCAAAUAAUACUCAGGAAUUCUAAAGAUUGUUAAAUGAAAUUACUGUAAUUCAAGUAAUAAUUGUGUCGGUCCAUACGUUACUUUGUUUUAAAACAUUGAUUUGUGCUUAUUUCAGCACAAGCACUCCUUGAAUACUAUUUAUUCCCGAAAAAAAAGAUAAAAUAACACCAGGUUUAUUUACUAAACACUGAAUUGGUGUGAAUUAAAACACAAAUUGCUCAAGUCAGGUUAAAGUAGUCAAGCUGUAGCUAUAGCUUAAUGGAGAUUGUUCACAAAUGUGCUAUUUUGGUCUAAAUGUUUCAGUUCACUAAAAUCCAAUGUUUGGUGAAUACGUUCGAAUGCCUUUAGGGCUUUUUUCCAAGUGAUUGAACGCAGCCAGGGACCGAAGCUGGGAUUGUGGCAGUGUGUAGUGUGUGGGUGAUCCAGGCUGUUGCUGUACAACACCUGGCAUGCAGCAGGAACAGUCACGCAAGCAGAUAGGGUGCUGUUUUUUUGUUUUUUUUUAGAAACUGUAAAUCCCAGAAAUGAUAAUUACUGAUGUAGGAAAGCCAGCUAUUGGUGUAAAUCUCGAUGGAUUCUGUCCGUCGUCUCCGCAGCCUGAAGGUGAUUGAUAUUCAGUGUCCCUAUAGAGAGGACAGCUUGUAUCUCAGUCUGAUCUACGCCGUAUAAAAGGAGUGUAUUCACUGAACAGUAAAUGGAAAGUGAAUUGCAACAUUAAGGCCUAUUUUAUUGAGCUGGAAGAUGUUUUUAAUCUCAAAUUAAAUUUAAAUUCUUCUUUUCUAUUUAAUUUUAAUUGGCACAGUCUGGCUUUUUAUUAUUUAAAUUUACCUUAUGGGUUUUGUUCAUUAAACACCAAUGGGUAGUGAAUUGAUUACAAAAUUGCAAAAUCUAGGCUAAAACAGCUGGUCUGUGAAAUUCAUCAUGUUGCAAUUAACCUUCCAAAUCAUAACAAUUCAGUGUCUAGUGAAUACACCCCUCUGUUACCACAAACGGAAUGCAUACCCUUGCAGCCAGUGCCCCCUAGUGUUCAAACUGUAUAAUGCUGUGGUUUUUAUCUGGUUGUAUGAGAAAUUCUUUGCAACAUUGGAAAGGAC